GAGGCUUUCUGUCUGGGACAGGUAGGCAGCAAGAAACUUGGGAGAACUUGGAAAAACAGGGCUUGAACCAGGAGAAGCCUGCACCAUGUCUGGAUCUAUACCAUUCUACCAGAAGCAACAUCGCAGCUACGACCGCGGCUACCGAAGCAGGGAAACAGAGUCAAAAGUGAGCCAGUACCAAGCCAGCAGCAGAUAUGCAGCUGGCAGCAGCUCCUCCGCCGCCAGCUAUACCAGGGGACUUAAAUUGUCUUCACAUUCUGGGCUGGAGGCGAGCAGACUGAGCCCCAUACCAAAGCGAGCCAAGCCAUCUUACUUGGCUGUGGAUAAAGAGAACCAAAUCAUCGGCUACGUAGUGCCGAUCUUCAGGGGCAGUGAAGACUUUGCCACGGGACUUUUGGAUACAGGGGAAGCCAGGGUGAGGGACACUGCUGCUUACAUGGCUCGCAGGGAUUUGUUCACCAGUGGGCUGGAGAUGGAGAGGUCAGAGCUGAUCUCCAGGAGGGAGGCCAUGCGUGGAACAGCAGAACGCAUCUCCCUGAACAAAAGGAUCCAUGAACACGAGGAGCACUUUAAGCGCAUGAACGAAGACAGCCUGAUGCAUCCCCCGGAGUUUGUGAUUAAACCACGCUCCCACACUGUGUGGGAGAAGCAGUGUGUGCGGCUGCAUUGCACCGUCAAUGGCUGGCCUGACCCACGGGUCGUCUGGUACAAAAACAAUGUGGCAAUUGACCCUCUUUCCGCCCCUGGCAAGUAUAAACUUGAGAGCAGAUACAGCGUCCACUCAUUGGAGAUUAACAAAUGUGACUUUGAUGACACAGCGCAGUAUCGUGUCUCUGCAAUGAACUCCAAGGGAGAGCUGUCUGCAUUUGCCUCCGUCGUUGUUAAGAGGUUCAAAGGUGACAUCGAUGAGUCCCUGCCAGCACCCAGACAUGGCCCAGUGUCUGAGUAUGGCAUCAACUUCCAGACUCACAUUGUGGAUAAGUUUGGUGUGUCAUUUGGGAGAGAGGGGGAGACCAUGAGUCUGGGAUGUACGGUCAUCAUUUACCCUUCUCUGCACCGUUACCAGCCCGAGAUCCAAUGGUACAGAGACGAUGUCCUGCUGACUGCUUCCAAAUGGAACCACAUGCACUGGAGUGGAGAUCGUGCCACGCUGACGCUCACACAUCUGAACAAAGAGGAUGAGGGACUCUACACCCUGCGUGUCACCACCAAGUCUGGAUAUGAAACCUACUCAUCUUACAUCUUUGUCAGAGAUGCUGAUGCUGAGGUUGAAAGAGCUCCAGGUGCCCCUCUGGAUGUGCGCUGUCUGGAAGCCAAUAAGGAUUACAUCAUUGUCACCUGGAAGCAGCCAGCUAUCGAUAGAGGAGAUUCCAUCCUGGGCUACUUUGUGGACAGAUGUGAGGUUGGAACCAACCACUGGAUCCAGUGCAAUGACACCCCGGUUAAGUUUGCCCGUUUCCCCGUCACCGGCCUGGUGGAGGGUCGCUCCUACACUUUCCGCGUUCGUGCUGUUAACAAAAACGGGAUGAGCCGCCCGUCCCGAGUCUCUGAGCCGGUGGCUGCCAUGGACCCGGCAGACCGUGCUCGCAUGAGAGGUACCUCUGCUCCCUGGACUGGUCAGAUCAUCGUCACAGAGGAGGAACCUGCAGAGGGCAUCGUUCCUGGCAGACCACUUGAACUGCAGGUGACAGAGGCCACCAAGAACUAUGUGGUGCUGAGCUGGAAACCACCAGGAGGGAAAGGCCUUGAGGGUGUCAUGUACUACGUGGAGAAGUGUGUCUCAGGCACAGAUAGCUGGCAGAGGGUUAACACAGAGAUCCCGGUCAAGUCUCCUCGCUUUGCGCUGUUCGAUCUCGCCGAGGGAAAAUCCUACAGCUUCCGUGUCCGCUGCUGCAACUCCGCUGGUGUCGGCGAGCCAUCCGACCCAACUGAUGCCACCACUGUUGGCGACAAGCUUGAUAUCCCAUCAGCCCCAGGAAAAGUCAUCCCCACCAGGAACACAGACACAUCAGUCGUUGUGUCUUGGGAAGCGUCCAGUGAGGCCAAAGAGUUGGUGGGAUAUUACAUUGAGAGCAGUGUUGUGGGAAGCAAUGAGUGGGAGCCGUGCAACAACAAGCCUGUUAAAGGAACCAGGUUCAUCUGCCACGGUCUGAUGACAGGAGAGAAGUACGUGUUCAGGGUGAGGGCAGUAAACGCAGCAGGACUCAGUCAGUUCUCACCUGAGUCUGAGCCUGUGGAGGUCAAAGCAGCUAUUGCCUCUCCUACUCCACCCUAUGGCAUCAGUGUGCUGGAGUGUGUGCGUGACUCUAUGGUGCUGGCCUGGAAACAGCCAACCUCCAUCGGCGGCGCUGACAUCACAGGAUACUUUGUGGAUUACCGUGAAGUCAUUGAUGGUGUGCCGGGGAAAUGGCACGAGGCCAACAUCAGGUCUGUCAGCGAGAGGGCCUACAGGGUGUGUGACCUGAAAGAGAACAUGAAGUAUCAGUUCCAGGUGAGGGCGGCCAACAUGGCGGGUGUCGGCAUCCCAUCGCUGGCCAGUGACACCUUCCUGUGUGCGGAGUGGACCAUUGCUGUGCCAGGACCUCCUCAUGACCUGCAGAUCAGAGAGGUGCGAGACGACUCCCUGGUCCUGCUGUGGAAACCACCUGUGUAUCAGGGCCGCGACCCAGUCAAUGGGUUCUACAUCGACAUCAAGGAGGCAGAGGCUCCAGAGGAGGCAUGGAGAGGAGUCAACACGAAGGCUACAGAGAAGACGUACCUCAAGAUAACAAGCCUGAAGCAAGCAGAGACGUAUGUGUUCCGUGUGCGCGCUCAGAAUAAAGCUGGUGUUGGGAAUGUCUCAGAUGUGACAGAGCCGGUCCCAGCUGUGACCAAACCAGGCUCAAAGGAGAUCGUUGUUGACGUUGAUGAUGACGGUGUCAUCUCCCUGAACUUUGAAUGCUGUGACAUGACCCCCGACUCCAAAUUUGUGUGGUCCAAGAACUAUGAGGAAAUUACAGACCCAUCCCGCAUGACUGUAGAGACCAAGGGGAACAAGUCCAAGGCUGCUUUCAUGACUCCUGGAGAGGAGGACAUCGGCAUUUACUCAUGUCUCGUCACUCACACUGAUGGUGCUUCAUCCAGCUACACUCUCUCUGAGGAAGAGUUGAAGAGGCUGCUUGAGAUCAGUCACGACCACAAGUUCCCCAUAAUCCCCCUGAAGUCAGAGCUGGCUGUGGAGCUGCUGGAGAAAGGAAAAGUUCGCUUCUGGCUGCAGGCAGAGAAGAUCUCAGCAAACGGCAAAGUGGAUUAUAUCUUUAAUGACAAUUCUCUCUCUCAAGGGGAGAAAUACAAGAUGAACUUUGAUAAGAACACCGGUGUGAUUGAGAUGACCAUGGACUCUCUGACCCGGAUGGAUGAAGGCACCUACACCUUCCAGAUGCAGGACGGGAAAGCUACCAACCAGUCCAGCCUGGUCCUGAUAGGGGACGUGUUCAAGGACCUCCAAAAGGAAUCCGAGUUUCAGAUGAAAGAGUGGGUCAGGAAGCAAGGCCCCCACUUUAUUGAGUAUUUGGGUUACGAGGUAACACCAGAGUGCUGCGUUGUGAUGAAAUGCAAAGUGGGCAAUAUGAAGAAGGACACGUCAGCGCUGUGGUACAAAGACGGACGUGAGAUCAAAGCAGACGAGAACCUCGGCUUCACAGAGGGAGUGCUCAAACUGGAAAUAGCUCAGCGCGACUCCCCUGCAGACACAGGCGACUAUGCCGACAGCCUAAUCUGGAGAAGACUAAAAAUUUCCAAGAAGGACUCUGGUGUGUAUGAGGUGGUCCUGAAGGAUGACAGAGGAAAGGACACAUCCACUUUGAAUUUGACAGAUCAAGGUUUCAAAGACUUGAUGAAUGAAGUUUUCAGUUAUAUCGCCAAUUCUUCCACCCCGCUGAAGAUCACGAGCACAGAUCAGGGCAUCCGACUCUACACCUUCGUCAGCUAUUACAAUGACUUGCUGCAAGUGACAUGGCACUACAAGGAUUCAGCCAUCGCCUUCUCUGACCGUAUAAAGAGCGGGGUGGUGGGAGAGCAGCUGUGGCUUCAGAUCACAGAGCCCACAGAGAAAGACAUGGGCAAAUACGCCAUUGAGUUCAACGAUGGAAAAGGCGGCCUGAGGAGGACCGUUGAGCUGUCUGGUCAAGCAUUUGACGAUGCUUUUGCAGAAUUCCAGAGACUCAAAGCUGCUGCUAUUGCAGAAAGAAGUCGUGCUCGAGUUGCAGGAGGCCUGCCUGAUGUGGUCACCAUACAGGAGGGCAAGGCCCUCAAUCUCACCUGCAAUAUUUCGGGUGACCCCUUGCCAGAGGUCACCUGGCUGAAGAACGACAGAGAGAUCACAUCCGAUGAUCACAUCAUCCUGAAGUUUGCAUCUGGCAAGUUUGCCAGUUUCACCAUCACCGCCGUGAACACGUCAGACUCUGGCAAAUACAGCAUCCUGGUGAAGAACAAGUACGGCACAGAGAGCGGGGACUUCACCGUAAGUGUCUUCAUCCCUGAAGAGGCGGGCGGCAAGAAAAAGUAAAAGCGGUCCAAAUCUUGUCGUAAAUAUGUACAAAUGAAAAACGCUGGAGACAGUUAAAGAAAAAAAACGCUUGAAGAAUGUGUGAGAUGUUUUGUGUAGAACAAAAUAAAUACUUCAGAGGUGCUGAAUCUGAAACAGAUGUCCCACAGCUCAGAGAAAAAAACCCAGAGUGUGGUUCAGAGUUAAUUAAAAUAAGUACUCAUUUGGUCCAAUGAUAACAGAUCUAACCAAACAUUAAAAAAAGAGUACAAUUGGUGCAAUUUCAGUUUUUGUGUGUGAAAUUAUGGCUUACAAAGAGCCAAAUUAAUUUUGCCAUGUUAGCUACAGAGGGAAAAAAUGCAACAUAACUUGACACACGAAGGAUUGUUGAGUUGAGUGCAAAGGUGAAUUUUAGAAAAGAAAUAAUGAUUUUACUGUGGAAUGUCCAUUAAUAAGACAGGUUAAUGGUAUUACAUGUUUUAACCUAUUUGCUAUGAAUUUACUUUAAACAGCUUCAAAACUUCCAAUAUCACCUGAUUGAUCCUUGCAUAUUUCAUGCCUUUUGGGCAGCAAUUUAGGAGCUAAUUUGAAUAUAAUAUUGAAAGGAAAAUGUUUUAUUAACAUAUUAACAGUAAUAACGUCAUUAUGAAAAUUACAUCAGGCUGGCCUUAGCAAACAGCUUUCAUGUCUCUUUAAAUUAGCAGCCAGACAAAACCAGGCUAUUGCUCCACAGGCAGUGUUAUUAACUUCCUUCUGAAAAUGUUCACGUGAAGAGAAAGGACUAGUAAAUGUUUCUGAAAAAUUAAUCUCUAAACAUAAACCAAAAAGAGCAGGAAAAAGCAGCUAACAAAAUAUCCAUAGCUUCUAUGAAAAAUGUCUAGUUGAUUCAAAACAAAGUACAUUAACUAGUAAUAAAUUGUGGUGUUUUUUUUAAAUAAUCAUGACCCAAGGUGGUAUUUAAAAAAAUAACCCUUGCUUCUGUUUCUAGAAGUAACUCUGAGCGACUUAAACUCUAUUGUUAGCUUAACAAGCUAAUGGUUUUCCAGAAAAGUACAGUUAAGUUCACAACAUUUGUUGCAAAUGGGCUAAAACAUGAUGUUAUAUGUGAUGUGCCAUCUCAUCAGAGUUUACAUUAAGGCCUUUUUUUGUAAUUAUUCACAGUCAUUUGUAUGUUGUAAUCGUGACAUCACUUCCCUUGUCUCCCUGUCUGUAGUGAGCACUGUUUGCACACUGUCUUUACUGUGACUUAUCAUUGUUACAUAUCCCCUCCACUGUAGUCCUUUAUUUAUGACUAUGAUGCCUCCUUUAUAAUGUGAUGAUGUUGAUGACAAUGCCACUGUAAUGAAGACUGUCACAUCACACAGUUUUUAUUGUUGCAUCACUUCCUGUUCCCCUGUUUCUCAAUGAGACUAAUAAAAACAAGCAUGUAUC